AACCACAAUGAAAUAACAUGGGCAAAGGGAAUUACACAGCUGUGAGUGAGUUUAUCCUGAUUGGACUUUCUCAGUACCCAGGCCUCCAGAUGUUUCUUUAUGUGAUCUGCCUAGUGAUGUACCUGGUGAUCCUUCUGGGAAACAGCUUCCUUAUUAUCAUUAGCAUUCUGGAUUCCCACCUUCAUACCCCUAUGUACUUUCUCCUUGGGAAUCUCUCCUUCCUGGAUAUCUGCUAUACAUCUGCCUCUGUUCCCCAAAUUCUGGUUAAUUUUAUGAGUGAGAGAAAAUCCAUUUCCUUCACUAGGUGUGCACUUCAGAUGUUUAUGUCCCUUGGAUUGGGGUCCACAGAGUGUCUGCUGCUGGCAGUGAUGGCCUAUGACAGGUACAUCGCCAUCUGCAAUCCCCUAAGAUACACCAUCAUCAUGAAUAAGGAACUCUGUGUGCAAAUGGCUGCUUGGACUUGGAUUAUAGGGUGUCUGAACUCUCUGGUACAAACUACACUUGCUAUGAUGAUGCCAUUCUGUGGGACUAUCAUUGACCACAUAACCUGUGAGAUACUGGCCCUUCUUAAACUUAUUUGUAUAGGCAUUUCCCUCAAUGUGUUUAUUAUGACAAUUGCAAGUAUUGUUUUCUUAAUCACGCCUCUGCUAUUCAUUUUCUUCUCAUAUGUUGUCAUCCUCUCUACUAUCCUGAGGAUCAACUCAAGUGAGGGGAGGAAAAAAGCCUUUUCCACCUGCUCAGCCCACCUGACUGUGGUGAUCUUGUUCUAUGGGUCUGCUCUUUUCAUGUACAUGAAGCCCAAGUCCAAGGAAUCCAAGACUUCUGAUGAGAUCAUUUCACUGUCCUAUGGAGUGGUUACCCCAAUGCUGAAUCCCAUCAUCUACAGCCUGAGGAACAAAGAGGGAAUAAACCUAUAAAGACAGUCUGCUUUAUUUUAAUAUGGUAGUUUAUUAACUAUGCUAUCUGGAGGGAGAAUGAAUAAGAUAUAAAGAUAAAGAACUCUGAGAACUUCUUUAAUUAGGACCUGAGAAACCCAGUAUUCUGCCUCUGAUCAAUAUCUGAUGAAGCAUCUGGAGGAAGUGCAUCCCUUCAUAUAGAGGGUUAAAUUUGAUGUAAUAACUGAGCUACCUGUAAUGUCAAUGACGCUUUAGAAUUGAAUUUCAAAGCUGUGCAUCAGAAAUGACCAUGUGGAAAUUCAUCAUAAGCACUUCCUAAAGCAGGCAGAGAUUGGUUUCUUGAAAUAAGAAAAAGCCAUCUGCUGUCUACUGAGCCCAGGAAGUGAGACAACAACUUUUCAUACAGUAUAUUGAUCAAUGGAAAGAGAUCUGCUUCUGAAGUAAGACAAACAAGAUUCAAAUACCACCAGUGCUUCUGAUGACCUGUGUAAACUUAAGAAAAUCAUUUGACCACUCUGGGCAUCAGUUUCCUCAUCUACAAGAAGAAGAGUUUGGACUUUAUUGCCUCUAAGGUUGCUUCCAAGACUAGAUCUAUGAGUCUAUGAGCUAUUCAAUUGUUUAGCAAGUAGAACUCAGUCUGCACCUCCAGAAAAAAAAAACACCCAGAAAUGGUUGCUGAGAAGAAGUAAUCAAUUGAGCCUCAAAAUUUCUUUAUGGAAGAGAAGUGUCAA